CCAAAUCGAUUUGGGAUUCGUUGCCCUAAUUUCUCUCUAUCUCUUCGAAACCCUAAUAUUUCAUACUGUGAAAUCGAGAGAAUUGAUGUGUCUGGGCGUUUGAAAGCUUGAGGUUUGGCUAGAAUUUGAGUUCGCGGAGUCUGCUUAGUCGCGUCGUGAUGAGUGGAUUCGAUUGUCUGAAACUCAAUAUAAAGUACGGAGUAGAUGUCUCCUUUAAGGAUGAGUCGUUCGCAUACAAUGGAGGUUUCGAGAUGAGAGAUAUGCUGAUGGAUCCAGAUUUGAUGACAUGGUCGAUUUUCGAAGAUUUCCCUAAAGAGAAUGGAGUAUCUGGUCCGGUGGAAAAAGUGUGGUAUAAACUUGCACACGAAGACUUGGAAUCAGUGAGAGCUAUCCCCGAAGACAGAGAUAGUGGGAUUAGGCAAUUGUGCAGUGAAGCUUUGAUUGGUGGUGAAGUAGAUGUCUACAUCCAGCAAGGUGUUUUUGAACCUACAAUGUUUCCUAUGUCUCAGCCUGCUGAACAUGUUGUUGUUGACGACAAUGAGGAGUCCGAUGUAGAGGUUGAAGAAGAUAGAACUGCUGAGGAAGCAAGAGUAGAAAAUGAUGGAGUUGAUCGAGUAGAAGAAGUUAGGACAGGUGAUGUUGAUCCUCGGUUUAGUGCCUUCUAUGAAGAAAUAAAUGCAGAAGUUGGUCAGGAAACUGAGCAGGAUCCAAAUGCAGAAGUUGGUGAGGAAACUCACCUUGAUCCAGAAGCAGAAGUUGGGCAUGAAACCCACCAGGCUGGGGAUCAAACUAAAGAAGUAGCUGCGGGCCAAACUGAAGAAGAUGGUGAAGAGUUUGAGAGGGAAUGCAUGGAUGCUGAGCGACCUGACCCUGCCAUGGAUACAGAUGAAGAAUGGGAUGCCUUUGACCGUGAAGAAAGAGAGAUAUCAAGAGCAAAAUACUCAAAGGAUAAGACCAUGUACAUAGCUGAGGUUGAUCCUAAAGAUCGUUGGGGAAGCACUCCAUUUGUCUUUGCAAGAUCUGUUGAGAUACUCUCAUGCACAAAAUGCUUGAUUGGAAAUGGAAACAGAGAAGCAAUCAUAGCAACUGGUGCUGAUGUACACAUUCCAGUAGGCAGCCAGAUUUUAGAGUGGAUCUCAGAAAAUGAAGUGGUGAUUGAGGUAAGUGAGUGAUUUCUUGUAAUCAAUGUAAGCUUUUUUC